UUAUUAUUAUAAUUAAUUUUUUAGACUGUGGCUACGUGUGUGACAUGCAGUGGUAUCGGGGACGCCUCCUCCUGCUUCAGUCGGGUCCUGUUGGCCUCGGAGGUGUCCACGACUGCAGUUUCUGUGGCCUCUUUCGGACUGGAGACAUGCACCCUGGACACAACACACUCCAGCAGAACUACCAGUCCUGCGAGCUGCGAUACGUGGUCACUGACAACGACCUGAAUUCAGCACCUGUCACUCGUGGAUGCAGUUCCAACGUCUGUUCAGAUCAGGCAGCCGGAGUUCUGGUCUGUGACGUCAACGGAAAUGUUCAGACAUGCACCAUCUGUUGCAGCAGUGGGGCCAAUUGCAACACAUUCAGUGGAAUUGUGGCCGCUGGAAAGGAUCAAGUCAUGCCCAAUAUAGUGGCCCUCAUGGUCCCACUGGUCAUGAUGCUAGUCAUGGCCAUGAAAGAACAUAAUUGAUGACCAUGGUUAUGGAGUAUGGACUAUUACAUACACAGAUCCUUUACCGUGCUUUGAGGAUCAAAUUUUGUAUUUAAAAGGCCAAUAAAAAUAUAGGUAUUUGGGCUGAAAUUUUGAGAAAUGCGAUGGUAAAGGCUCUGAUGAAACAAUCAGCUUGAAGUACCAGUGGUGAUGAUUAAACAAGAAAAAAAUCCAUCAAUAUUUUCACAAAAUUUCCAACUAUUUCUCCACAUACGCACAGCGAUGUAAAUAGACAGAGCAUAAAUAUUGCAAUUUAUUGCAAGAAAUUGCAAAUUUUUUGCCCAAAAUGCAAUAGAAAAUUGUAAAAAGUGUAUAUGAAGAGCGACAAUGAAUCUGACUUUAAUAGGACUGUUAAUACCAAUAAUGAAAUAGAGACCUGAAUUCACGUUUUUGGUAUUGG